UGGGUGAAACCACGGGCAGCCUUGAAUGAUCCUUUUGCCUGCUGUGUACACCAGGACUCCUGAGUACUGAAUUGGUUAAAUAAUGCUUUGACAUGUGGUCUCUUCUCGCCGGGCGAUCGGGUGCCGUCGUCUUGGCAUCAUGUGGAGACAUGCCCGCGGCAUCCGACUGGAGAAAAGAGGGAGGAGGGAUCUGUGAGAAGGGAAAGGAGGUUGGAUGCCAUGCUCGAGAGGGAGGUGGAGUCGGUGACGAGGCGCGGCUGGACCUGAUGGAAGGCAGGAAGCAGGGGCGGGAGAAAUACGGCAGGAUGUGCUCUGUCUGCAUGACGUCGGAUCUACCUGAAGAUGAUUUUAAGCCCAUCCGACUGAAGAUGAUAGUGCCACGGAAGCGUCGCGGGUGGAGAGUGGGUAGGCUCAUUUGUCCUCGUGGGAGUUGAUACACAUCUUUAGUCGUCGGAGAUGAUCCUUCACAUCGUGUACGUAUGACCUUCCUGGAACCGAACCGGAUUUGAACUCGCGUGCUGCUCGAGUGGGAGCCACUCGCUGCUGCUGGACAAGGGGGUGAGGUGGAGGGAGCGAGUGUGUAUACGGUGGACGAUGCUUGGAUUUUUUAAAGUUGCAUUAGUGGGGUUGUGAGGUGGAGUCUAUUUCGUUUGCUGGGUGGAUUGUGACCCUGUGGUUUCUCUCACAUCCUGUGUGUUUUCGCUCGCCUUGGACGGAGUGCUCGGGACGAAUCUGUCUUGGUGGACAUGCAGCUGGCGCAUGUUGUUGCACAGACUGGAUCUUUCGACCGUUUCGGAUUGUACUGCUUGCCAAGGUCUCCUCCGAGAGUCCUUGUAUGGGAUGCCAGGUAUUUAACAACCUUCGUCAUAGCGUGGCUUUGAGAAGGUGGGAAGUGGGGAUAGGGAGUGGCGGAUCCCCUCCACCGUCGUCCUUAAACGAACUGUGACUGAUUUUGCAUCUAACAUCGGGUGUGGACGACAGACGGCACGGGAAUGAGCUCUAAACUCGAUGUUCAGGGAUGCAGCAGCGCAAAUAGCUGCUGUCGAUCUCCUUGAGGAGCAGCGGAAGGUAGAAUGCUCACACCACACGGGAGAGGUGAUGCCAGAUAUGAUCCAGACAGACGAGGAACUGCUGAAAGAGGCGCUGCAAAGGCUGUUAGGGCGUCUUGGGUUUCCUCCCGCCCAAUGGCGUUCUCAAAGAUGCUUUCGACGGAUUUGCGUGUUCCCCCUCUCCCGUUUUUUCUUCCGUUCCUGUUUCUCCUCCGGAGUUCUUGCGCCCUACGAAGCGAGUUCGUGUUGCCAAGCGUUUGCAGGCGAUCGUUUCCUUGUGGGUGUUUUUGAUGCCCUUCAACGACAGUCUUCUUGGGGCAGUGGAGGUCGGAGAUUAUUAUUAUUUUUUAGCCCUAUCGCGUUCGAAGGACUGGGGGCCGCCUCUAGAUCUCACUGGAGCAGAAGGAUACUGUUCUUUCGUAGUGGGUGAAGGCAAGAAGGUGUCGGAGAGCAGUUUGCCAGUUUGAAACCGCCGCGACUCGACGUGUCCUGUCGUCAGGCGAUUCUGUACGGUGGAGGGAUUAUGUUAAGACUGGUAAUGGGCAAGACCAAUGGCCUCCAGGGAGGUGACGGAAAUGUAGAUGGUGAUGAUGAUGAUGAUGGUGAUGAUGGUGUCGAUUGUGUGUGGCAAACGUCGGUUAAGGUUCGCGGGCGAACAGCGCUGAGCCAUGCGUGUGCUCUCGCCGUUCUUUGAGAAGACGCUAGCUGGUGGUUAGCAAGAGCAGGGGAUGUGGAGAGAUCAGAGGGGGAUGUCGAGAGAGAGAGAUCCGAGAACGGUCUUCCGUUGAUGAUUCUGCUAUGCUGCGGGUGCUCUCGGACCAAUAAUGCGAACGACGUAGUGUGAUGUUGUCCUUAAAAUUAUCAUUCUUUAGUGCGAGUUUGUCCUUAUAAUUCUUUGGGACGAUCUGGGUGAAGACGACCCUCCGCUCCAGUGACACUGGUGGUAGUGUGUAUUCUUUUUUUGGUUCUUGGUCGGGUCAUGCAUCAUCCCUUUUCCGCUGAGCGGUUUUAAGCUCCGUUUCCGAUAUUUAUGGCGCGGUGAAACUAGGACAGCUAGGUGAUGACUGAGCUUCUCCUCAUGCCGCUCGCCAUCGCCAGCUUCGUCUCGUCCUUCUGACUUGCCUCUGCUCGACAGCGCAAGCAGGAAGGAGCUGUAACCAGUUUCUGGCGUUUUCGGCCCCCAAAACAUCCUCCUCACUGUCGCGACGCGACCAUUCCGUCUGAAGCCGUUAGCACGAAUCGUCCGGCUCUAAUCACGCCCACAGGCAGGCAUCGAGAUUAAUUUGUAAUGUGUUGGAACUGGCGUUUGAAUUCGUCGGCGCGUUUCCUCGAAAAGCCGGCGAGGUGUGCUUUUUUCCCGCACGGUCAUAGAACCCGGUCUCGGAGGAGGUUUUUGUCCUGUGCGGCGUAUCGGCGUGUAAGGUAGACUGCCACCCGGCGUAGAGUUCGCUCAGCUCGAUCGCACCGCGUAGGAUAGCGUUCGCGAUUCGUUCUUUUUCCUUUCCUGAUCAUCUAUCACCUACCGCGGCUAUUUAUGGCGCUGUGGUUGGGGUCGGGGUUGGGGUUGGGGCUGGCGGCGGACAGGGAGAUGUUUAUGGUGUUUGAUGAGCAAUCAGCAGACGGGCUGGGUCGCCGUCAGGCCGCCCGCCGGGCCAUGUGUCCUCUCUUCGAUGUGACCUGGUUGUUGCUGGCGAAGAGAGAUCCUCGAGGGAGGGAGGGUGGGUGGUUUUGAUUCAGCAGGGUGGCGGUUUCCGGGACCACCACCGGUGGCAGAGAGAGGUCCGUAUGGAAGCCGCAGGGUUCGAUGAAGGAAGGGUGAUGAUGAUGACUCAUUGGGUGGUGGUUGGUUUCAGGGGGACCAAGAACGGGGCUGGGUCGCCGUCAGGCCGCAGCGGGACCAACGACGGGGCUGGGUCGCCGUCAGGCCGCAGCGGGACCAACGACGGGGCUGAGUCGACGUCAGGCCGCAGCGGGACCAACGACGGGGCUGGGUCGCCGUGAGGCCGCCGGGCCACCGUCUCCUGUUCGCUGUGUGACCUGCUUGUCUAUCAGGGCGGGGGACUCGGUCACACUGCAUUGGAUGAUAGCCAACGUUGGUGGUAGUGUUUGAAGAAAGAAGAUGCAAUAAGAAUCGUGCUGGUCACACUGCAUUGGAUGAUAGCCAACGAUGGUGGUAGUGUUGAAGAAAGAAGAUGCAAUAAGAAUCGUGGCGAUGGUUUCUUCGGCCGGAAGUGGCGAUGUUCUUGUCGAUCGUGAACGAGUAUUUUUGGGGGGGGGGGGAGAGGGAGGGAAGGUAAGGGAAGGGAAGGGGCACGUCAAGGUGUUGGUAUACGAUGUCAGGAAUUCCAUCGGCUAAUCAAAUGAAUACCAAGGA